AUGCCGGCCUACAACUCCGACUUCAACUCCGACCCCAACCCCCCUCGCCUCAUCGGCAACUUCCCCCUCCUCCCCCUCCGCACAAAGACCCGCGGCCCAGCCUACGUCCUGCCCUUCCCGUCACCGCCGCUGCCCGCCCACGAGUCCCCCGAGAUCGAGAGCGAGAGCUACGACAUCCUCGACGAGGUCCUGCGCCUCUUCCGCGCAAACACCUUCUUCCGCAACUUUGAGAUCAAGGGCCCCGCUGACCGCCUGCUCGUCUACGGCAUCUGGUUCGUGAGCGACUGCCUGCAGAAGAUCAAGCCCAAUGCCUCUGCUCGCGAUGCCGCCAAGGAGGUCAACAACUUGGCGCUGGAUCUCAACUUUGCUAUUCCUGGAGACCCGGGAUUCCCUCUAAACCAGAUGUACGAACCCCCUCGAGACAGGCAGGACGCAGAGCAGCUUAAGCUGUACAUGGCGCAAGUCCGACAGGAGCUUGCAUCCCGGUUACUGGCCAGAGUGUACGAGGAGGAUGAAUCCAAGCCCAGCAAGUGGUGGCUGAGCUUCACGAAGAGAAAGUUCAUGAACAAGUCGUUGUAA